AUGGAUUACACCGGCGGCAUUUUCAGCUUCACGACCGGCAGGAUGGCCGUGGUCUUUGGCUUCGGCGUCCUGGUGGCGUAUCUUUUAUAUCGAGCGCUGCUCCCGCGGCCUCUUCCCGGCAUCCCCUACAACGAGGCGGCGUCGAAGUCACUCCUAGGCGACAUGCCCGAGAUGGUGGGCCACGCCGAGAAGACGGGGGAGAUGUACGACUGGCUCGGGGCGCAGAACAUCAAGCACCGCUCGCCCAUCAUCCAGGUCUUUGGCCGGCCGUUCAGCAAGCCCUGGGUCAUCAUCUCGGACUUCCGCGAGACCCAGGACAUCUUGAUGCGCCGGGGCAAGGAGCUCGACCGCUCGGCCUUCACCGCCGACCUGCUGCGCGGCGUGAUCCCUGAACACCACAGCAGGUGGCAGACGAACGACGAAUGGAAGGGCCGCCGGCGGCUGAUCGGGGACGUGCUGAACCCCAGCUUCCUCAACAAGGUCGCCGCGCCUCUCCUGCACGAGAGCACCAUGCGUAUGACGGAUCUCUGGCGCGAGAAGGCAAGGCUGGCGAAAGGCCGGCCGUUCUGGGCCAUGAAAGACAUCAGCCACUGCGCGCUUGACGCCGUUCUCGGCUUCACCUUCGGGCCCGGGCUCGAGGGUCUCAGCGCAACCCAGCCGGACCUGGACUACCUGUCUUCCUUGCCUUUCUUGCCGUCAUCCGGUGACAAGACCGAAGCCACAGAUAGCCUGAAGCCGGUAGUCUUCCCGCACGCGCCCUCCAACCCCGUCAUCGAGGCCCUGUUCAAGCUCUCGGACAGCCUUGAAACGGCGAUGAAGUCCCUGUUCCCGGUGCUUGCGCACUGGUUUCUGCGUCAGGGGCAGGGCAUGAAGACAGCGAUCCGCCUCAAAGAAGAUUUGCUGCGGCGUCAAAUCGAUCUUUCCGCGGCCAGGGUCCAGUCUUCGCCGGAAGAUCAUGCGGUGCGAUGUGCCGUGGACGAGAUGGUGCGCAGGGAAAGGGGCCUAGCUGCGAAGGAGGAGCGAACGCCAGCUUUCCACACCCGCUUCUUCUAUGACGAGCUCUACGGCUUCACCCUGGGCGGGCACGAGUCGACGUCCAACUCCAACCAGUGGGGGGUCAAGACGCUGGCGCGCAACCAGGCCCAGCAGGCCAAGCUCCGCUCCCGACUGAGGGAGGCCCUUCCUUCAGCAGUGGCCGAGAGGCGCAUGCCGACGGCGCAGGAGAUCAUGCAGGUGCGGUGUCCCUACCUGGAGGCGAGCAUUGAAGAGCUGUUCCGCGUGUCGCUGACGGCGCCCAUGUGCGUCCGGAGCGCCACGCAGGACACCCAGAUCCUGGGCUGCCGCAUCCCCAAGGGCACUGUCGUCUUCCAGGUCUGGAACCAGGCCGGGUACACGCAGCCCGGCUUCGCCGUCGACGAGGCGCUGCGCACACCGGCUGCCCAGGUGGCGGCGGCGGCCAAGGGACCCACCGGCUCCGGCGGUCUCGGCGACGAGUCGGGAUUCGACACGGCUGCGUACGUGCCCGAGCGGUGGCUGGUCAAGACGGAGGACGGCAGGGAGGUGUUCGACGCGACGCGCGGGCGGAACAUGAUCUUCAGCAUGGGUCCCCGGGGCUGUUACGGGCGGAAGCUGGCGUACGUGCAGUUUCGCAUGAUGGUCGUGCUGGUGUUGUGGAACUUCCAGCUCGAGGAGCUGCCUUACGAGCUCAACACGACCGGCGCCUAUGACAAGUUGACCAGAGAGCCGCACGACUGCUACGUCAAGUUGACGGCGCUGCCGCUGUGA